AAACCCACAGAAGAAGAAGCCAGGGUAUUACGUCAUAACCAAUUGUGAGAACUCACUUCCUGGUGCCGGAUCAGCGUGGGAUAAAAAUAAAAACUUCCGUUAGUUGAAUUUUGGAUUGGAGUUGCUGUUGGCGAUCAGGAUGAUUGACGUGCGGGCGUGGGCGGAGUACGUGGUGGAGUGGGCGGCUAAGGACCCGUAUGGCUUUCUGACGACGGUUAUCCUGGCGCUCACACCCCUCUUCAUCGCCAGCGCCCUGUUGUCGUGGAAACUGGCCAAAAUGAUUGAGUCGCGCGACCGUGAGCAGAAGAAAAAGCAGAAACGCCAGGAAAACAUCGCCAAAGCCAAGAGGACCAAAAAAGACUGAGCCGUAGAGGGAGGGAGAGAGGGAAGAGUAGCUACAGUACACAGCUAUGCUCAACACUCUCUUUACUUGUCACACCCCCACCCCUCGUCUCCUCAACCCAGCCCAGCACAGGUCCCCAUCCUAUUACUCCUGUCCAGUGUAGGAGGCCUUAUAGCGCUGAGGGAACUGUAUAGACCGGGGAGGCUCAUUCGAUGGGACUAUCAUCAGCGGGUAAACGGGAAUCGUCUGUAUAAUUCACGAUAUGGAGAUCCACCAUCUGAGCUUGGUGUUGUUGCAGUACUUUGCAUUCCAUUUGUAACAACUCCACUCCAAUGAUUUCAUUAACUAGUAAAAAAACUGUUCUCCAUUUGAAUUUACUCAUGUAAAAAAAUAAAAGGCUUUUCUCCUUGCACGUCAACCCUCCCCUAACCCUGCCUGAAUGAUGCUUAACUGAAAAGUUUGAGUUCCUGCCUGACUAGAUGCGCAGGUGUUGCACAGCAUCAACCAAUGGUUGCAUGCCAUGUCAUCAACUGUUCAGUCAGGCAUAGAUGGAUGGCUAUAUCAUGUGUUUUGCUGAUAGUUAAACACCUAUCCAAGUUUUUUUUUUUUUUACAUCUGGCAGGAGUGUACUGUAGUCUGGCAGGAACUCGACCAAGAAGUGAUCCAGGCAAUUUUCAUACAUGGGUUUUAUUCAGUGUGUUUUUAACAUCUAUUUUGCCACAUUAUAUUAAACCUGUCAGACUUGUCAUUUCAAGAGACAAUGUAACACACACUUCAUGUAAAGGAUGUCUUCUCCUGAGACCUGCAACAUGUCUUUCAACCAUCUUACAUUUGUCAUUUAGCAGACGCUCUUAUCCAGAGCGACUUAGUA